AUGGCCGACGCCGCGCCGCCGGAUGCGCCGGAGGAGGAGGCGGACCCCGUGCUCCGGUCCGCCAUGGCGAAGCUCGAGCAGGCGGCGCUCCGCUACGACUCGGUGCGCGACAAGCAGUCCCUGCGCGCCUUCGACGGCGCGUCGAUGAACGCCGCGUCGUUCCAGCAGCAGCUCCAGCGCGCCUUCCCGAGCCUGCGCCUCAGCGAGCCCGAGGCCUACGCGCUCCUCGCCUGCUUUGAUAAUGAUGGCGGCGGCACCAUCGACGGCGCCGAGUUCAUGAAGACCUUCUUUUCCCGGAGCUUCGCGAUCAAGGCCGACGGCGACCGCGCGGCGCGCGACGCCAAGGCCGCGCGCGCGGCCAAGGAGGUCCGGAAGCAGGAGGCCGCGGCGCGCGCCAAGCGCAAGGCCAUGGACGCGCGCUACGACGCCAACUUCUCCGACGAGGACAUGCUCGUCGCGCGGCGGCGGAUCUGCGCGGCGGCGGAGCACUACGACGCCGACAACACGGACGCGAUGCCCCUGACGGGCUUCCAGGGCGCGGAGAUGCACCCCGCCGUCUUCGAGGACCAGCUCAAGCGCUGCUUCCACGUGACCUUCACGCCGAAGCAGCUCGGCGCCGUCGUGUCCAUCUUCGACGCGUCGGGCGACGGCUUCGUCGACGGCGCGGAGUUUUUACGGACCUUCUUCCAGCUCGGCUUCGACCAGCGGCGCCGCACGCGCCACCUCGAGGAGGUGCGCGCGUCCAACUACCGCGACCGCGAGCGCCGCGCCGCGGAGCGCCGGUCCGCGACGCGCCGCGCGAAGACGGCGUGCGGCGUCGCGCCCU